AGACAGGAUAGCACAUACCAUGACCUUUGAUAUAUCAGUUGUGGUGCACUGGCUGGAACGAGAAAUGGCCCAGUGGGCCCACCGACCUUAAACAAAACAAACUUUUAAUUUAUUGCUGCAGUGCAAGUAAAACACCCAUGGAUGUGUCAGUACCUGGAUAAUUUAUAUAUUUUUAUAUUGAAUAGACUUGGCAAAUUCAAAAAAAAUUAUUUAUACAAAACAAUCCAUCAUUGUCACAUUAUAGUUUGAUGUUGCAGGGCUCGAUCUUGGUGGAACAAAUUUAAUUUGAGCCAGUAUUCCGAUACAUGUGUAUGUAGAGUAUUUCCUUACAGAUUAUUCAAAAUCAGGGCUAGCUCUGGCACUCGCCAAGUUCGCCAAUUGUGAAUUUUAAAAACAGUUGGCGAAAUUUAUUUUAAUUUGGCAAAUAUUUUUUUUGUAGUAAUUGUUAUUUUGUUACAAAAUAACUGGGUUUUGUGAAGAGUGACUAAAUGUUAGCCAAAGACUAAAUGUUUGAGCCCCUCUAUGAAAAUGAGCAAUUUGCUAAUUUGGCAGUGGACAGGUAGAGCUCUGACGUGUGUACUUGUUGUUGCAGGGAGCUGAUUAACCCAGCUCACAGAUGGAGGAGACGUAUGUGUACGUACUGUCCUGGGUCUGUGUUGUCAUCUCCAUAGCCUGCCAGCUUGUCGGCAUAGAAAUUUGCUCAAAAAUAAUCAAGAAGGGUGCUGGUGACAUUUCACCGAUUCCAUUUUUUGCCUUCUUUAUCAGUGCCUGCUGGUGGUUGCGGUAUGGUUUCAUGCAGAAAAUAUCCACAGUUAUUAUGACCAAUGUAUUUGGAGCAGUUUUACAGUUUAUUUAUAUCACCAUAUACUACAUUUAUUCAAUGAGAAAGUCUCAUGUUCGUCGCCUUGUCUCGAUAUCUCUUGUGUUGUUGUUCAGUCCACUUAUCUACACUCGGUUUUACCAGCUCGACAACAAAGUUGCCACUCAGCAAAUGGGAACCUUAUGCAUUUUUGUAACAAUUGUAUGCUACGCAUCACCACUAGCAACACUGACGACUGUUGUGAGAACAAAAAGCUGUGAUACAAUUUCGUUUCCACUGUGUUUUAUGAACUUUUUGUGUGCAGUCUCCUGGGUCGUGUAUGGUUCAGUGAUUGACAAUUCAUACCUUGCUCUGCCGAACUGUACUGGUGUUAUUUUGGGUGUUGUGCAGUUUGGACUAUUUUGUUUGUACCCAUCAAGUGCCUCAAGGACUACCACAAGUACCAGUCAAAUAUGAGUGGAUGUUAAUUGUUAUCCAUGACAGCAUUAGGGGCUGUUCAAGAAUUAUGUGGGGGUGGGGAUGGGAUGGGGAGUAGGGCAGGUGUCAUGGGAUGAAGAUGAUACAAAAUGUUAUGAAAAAGGGGAGGUACUGUUUAUCAAGAAUUACAUGAAGUUUUCAAAAGUAAUUUCUAAUGAUAAAUUAUUAUAAGCAAUAAGGACAAAUAUUUAUCAUGUAUUUUUUAAUAGGUAAGAAAUAAAUAAAAAAUACAAGCUGAAAACCUAAUAUGGUAAUUUUGGUCAAAUUAUGUCACAGUAACAUUCCACAAGAGCAUUGUGUAAUAAUUGGGGGGAUUGGUCAUACCAUUGUGAAUAUAUGUGGGAGAGGUGAACAAAAGUAACAAUAUUUUGCAGUACAUAAUUGUGGAAUUGGCCCCUGUUACAUGAAUGACACAUUAUUUUUUGGAUAAAUGAUUAUGAUUAUUCAGGACUUUAUGAAUGCUUUUAAAGAUUGUGUUUUUGACACUGGGGCCAUUAUUUUCAUAAUUCAUUUGCCCUGCUUGAAAUCCACUUGACAAUAGAGUUAAAAAAACAAAUUGAAAAAUUCCAACAACUUGCAGAGGGUGGGGUUGGGAAAGCUACAUAAUUAAUAUAAAAUUAAUAAAUGUUCAGAUAAAAGUACAUUAGAAUCUCAUUGGUUCAAUUUCCACAUACGGUAUAGUCUUUCCCACAGGGAACGCUUUUUUCAUAUUAUUGAAUUUACUACAUGUUGUUUAAUUUGUUAGCCGAUUGUUUUAAAUUGUAAAACUUGACACAAAAACAGUUUUUUUUUUUUUUUUUCAAAAUACUUUUACUUUUCUUCUUACUUCAAAUCAAAUUGAAAUAAUUUAGAAAAAAAACAUUUUUGUAGGAGGAUGGGACGGACUAUAGGUAUCUGGAUUUAAGGUUAAUUUUGUCUGUAGAUGAAACAGAUUUGUUUUUUGGGGGUGGGGGUGGGGGUGGGGGGUCUUUGUCCUGUUUAGUCCUAUUUCAUCAAACAUCUAUUUGGCAGCUUGUACAGUUUAGACAAGUCCAUAUAGAGUACAUCUUUCUCUAGUCACUUCAUGACAUCCAGUGGCAUUGAUUAAUAAAUCAGUAUGCUCUAGUGGAGCCAAAAUAAAUGCAGCAAACUUACAAUUUUUAACUUUUUAACUUUCCUGGUAUUUUCAGUUGUUUAAAGCAGUGAUAAGAUCACAUGGUACCUAGGUUUGAGGUGCCCACGUUCUGCUUUUAUUAUGCAUCUGCUGAACAGUUUAAAAAGUGUAAAUAAAGCCAGAUUAUUUAAUUUUUGUUUUGUAGAUGGUGGGAUGUACCAUCUCGCAUUGUGAUAGUUUUCGCAAGAGUUUGUAAUGUUGAUUUUGUAAAACAAAAAAACAAAACAAAAAUUAUUUUUAUUUUGUAAUUAUGUACCCAAUAGUACUAAAAAUAGCAAUAUUGAUGCAUUUAUCUGGAUAUACAUGUAUGUUGCGAAUAUUAGUUUAAAAUAGCUAUAUAGAUGGUAGAGGUGACCAUUUUACUGCAGUUGCAAAAAAGUACCAUUUCAGCCCUCUUCGAUGUAAUAAUCUUAAAAAUUAUUUAUACUGCUUACAGCAAGCCUAGAGCUCUGAAUCAAAUCACAUUGAUUUGAUGAAUGUAAUUUACAUUCAUUAAACUGUUAAUUUCAGAUUAUUUCUAAUAAAAUUACCUCUUGAUGGUAAUAAGAAGAAAGGAAAAAAAAAUUGUAACAUGGUAAAAUAAAAAGAAAUUUGCCAAAAUUGAACACUGAAUUUGCUAAAAUCUGAAAAAGAAAAUUAUUACUCUAAUGUAUUAUAAUAAUGAAAGUAUGAUACUCAAAACUGCAAUAUUUAUUUAAUUUACAUUUCAAGCUCGUCUAGUGCAAUAUUUCUUUCUUAAACCAGGUGUGUGUGUGCACCAAUUUACGCAGGUGGGUGUUCAUGACUGGUAAGCGAAGUGUUUGCUGAAGGGGUUGGGGGAGGUGGGGAGGGAAAUAGUCAUGCUCCCAUGCAAAAUGUAUUUUUUUUUUUAAAGUGCUUUGAGCAGUGUGUGCAUGUGUGUGGAAUCUAAGACCAAAGUAAGAACACAAAUUCUCAUUCUUCAACAUGAUUGUGACCAAGACAGUUUAAAUAUAACAUGGACUAAUACAAGGCAAUAUUGGAAUUUAUUACAUACCUAUUCAAUCUUACUAUAGUGAUAACGGCAUUUGGAAACCGUGUGAUAAAUUUAUUUUGUAUCGCACUUACCUGCGAUAUGGACCAAUUUUUAAAUGGGGAAUUCCCUUUUUCUUUUUACUGCUGUUGGCACCUUUUAUUUACUGACGUCAUAUCGUAUUUGAAGGCUGCCGCAGAGUAUGAUUCUUAACGUUAAAUGAAUCCAUGAAAGGA